AGCCUAUCCUGGCUCUGAACCCUUUCCCUUCAGGGCAUCGCGCCUCGCCGCUUCCUCCACCCCCCGGUCGAUGCUGUGGCGCUCGUUUUUGGCUCCAGUCGUGCCUGCUGGGCUCCAUUCUUUCCUUCCCCGCCUCGCCAUGAGCAGCGUUACCGGGACUUUCAGCGCGCAGCAGCCGCUCAACUACCGGGCGGGAGCCCGCGUUCAGCCCGCUGACGGAGGGCAGGUCGAGGAGGUCUAUGAACCGGCCACAGGUCGUGUGAUAACGAAGCUGCUUUGCUCUGGAGAGAAGGAGGUUGAUCUGGCUGUGCAGAGCGCAAAGGCUGCCUUUAAAAUAUGGAGUCAGAUGUCUGGCAUGGAGCGGUGCAGGGUGCUGCUGGAGGCUGCCAGAAUUAUUCGGGAGCAGAGAGAAGAAAUUGCCACCUUGGAAACCAUCAACAAUGGGAAAUCCAUCUUUGAAGCCAGAGUGGACAUUGACAUAUCCUGGCAGUGCCUGGAGUACUAUGCAGGACUGGCAGGAUCUCUAGCUGGUGAACACAUCCAGCUUCCUGGGGGAUCCUUUGGGUACACUCGGAGAGAACCCCUUGGGGUGUGCGUUGGGAUUGGAGCCUGGAACUACCCUUUCCAGAUUGCCUGCUGGAAGUCUGCCCCGGCCUUGGCUUGUGGCAAUGCGAUGGUCUUCAAACCCUCUCCUUUCACCCCCGUUUCUGUGGUGAGGUUGGCAGAGAUCUUCACUGAGGCCGGUGUGCCCAAGGGGCUCUUCAACGUGGUGCAGGGUGGGGCAGCCACUGGCCAGUUCCUCUGUCAUCACCCAGAUGUGGCCAAAAUCUCUUUCACUGGCAGUGUGCCAACUGGCAUCAAGAUCAUGGAGAUGGCAUCAAAAGGGAUCAAACCAGUCACCUUGGAGCUGGGGGGCAAAUCCCCCCUUAUCAUCUUUUCAGACUGUGCCUUGGAGAACGCUGUGAACGGAGCCCUCAUGGCCAACUUCCUCACGCAGGGCGAGGUAUGCUGCAACGGCACGCGGGUGUUUGUGGAGAGGAAAAUAUUGGAUGUCUUCACAAAGGAGGUGGUGAAACGCACCCAGAAAAUCAAAAUUGGCGAUCCGCUUCUGGAAGACACACGGAUGGGAGCCCUCAUCAAUCGGCCCCACCUGGAUCGUGUCCAGGGCUUUAUCAAACAGGCGAAGGAGCAGGGGGCACAGGUGCUGUGUGGUGGGGACCUGUACGUGCCAGAUGAUCCGAAGCUGAAGAAUGGCUACUACAUGCGACCCUGUGUGUUAGGGAACUGCACAGAUGAUAUGACAUGUGUGAAGGAAGAGAUCUUUGGGCCUGUCAUGUCCAUUCUGCCGUUUGACACAGAGGAGGAGGUGGUGGAGAGAGCCAACAACACCAAAUUUGGCCUGGCAGGUGGUGUCUUCACCAGGGAUAUCCAGAAGGCUCACAGGGUAGUGGCUGCUCUCAAGGCUGGGAUGUGCUUCAUUAACAACUACAACAUCAGUCCUGUGGAGCUGCCUUUUGGAGGCUACAAGUCAUCAGGAUUUGGCAGAGAGAAUGGGCGGGCAGCCAUCGAGUACUACUCGCAGCUGAAGACCGUCUGUGUGGAGAUGGGUGAUGUGGAAUCUGUGUUUUAGUGGCUCUGGGACCUGCUCAGGGGAGCAUCAGCCAGUUCUUGCCUGUCAGCCAGAGAUGUGGAUCAUUUACACAGCAAUAAAGUGCUCUGAAAUUUUAA